UCAGUCCUCUUUUCUUGACAAGACAAGAGCACAUCCAACCGGAACCACCAUGAGCAAAUUAAUUCUAAUUGCAGGUCUUUGUCUGUCCUUUGCCAGUUUGGUGUCGUCCUCCAGAUUGGUGUGUUAUUUCACCAACUGGUCCCAAUACCGACCUGGUAAUGGGAAGUUUAUGCCUCAAAACAUUGAUCCAAACCUGUGUACCCACCUGAUCUAUGCCUUUUCUGGUAUUAACGAGGCAAAUGAGUUGGUCACCAUAGAAUGGAAUGAUGAUGAACUGUAUAAAUCUUUUAAUGGACUCAAACAGAGGAAUCCAAAUCUUAAAACACUGUUGGCAGUCGGAGGCUGGAACUUUGGAACACAGAAAUUCACAACAAUGGUGUCAACACAAGCCAACCGAAAUACAUUUAUCCAGUCUUCUGUCAAACUACUGAGAAAAUAUGGUUUUGAUGGACUUGAUUUGGACUGGGAAUACCCUGCGUCUAGAGGAAGCCCUCUGGAGGACAAACAGAGAUUCACACUGUUAUGCAAGGAUCUACUAGAGGCCUAUCAGGCUGAGGGAAAUGCAACUGGUCGGCCCAGAUUACUGGUCUCUGCUGCUGUGUCGGCUGGGAAAGGAACUAUUGAUGCUGCUUAUGAAAUCGCAGAGAUGGCAAAGUAUCUGGACUUUAUUAAUGUGAUGACGUAUGACUUUCAUGGCACCUGGGAGAGUGUGACAGGACAUAACAGUCCUUUGUACAAGGGAUCCCAAGACACCGGGGAUCAUGUUUACUUAAAUACUGACUUUGCCAUGAGAUAUUGGCGGGACAAGGGAACACCUGUAGAAAAGCUAAAUAUGGGAUUUGCGACAUAUGGGAGGACAUUUCGACUGUCUACUCAAUCCAGUCAGGUUGGAGCACCAACCAGUGGUCCUGCUGCUGCUGGUGUUUUUACAAGGGAAGCAGGUUUCUGGUCCUAUUUUGAGAUUUGCACUUUUCUUCAAGGGGCCACUGUCCAGCUGAUUGAGGAUCAGAAAGUUCCGUAUGCGUUCAAACAAAAUGAGUGGGUUGGAUAUGACAACAAAGAAAGUUAUAAGACUAAGGUUCGUUACCUGAAGGACAACAGAUUUGGAGGAGCUUUUGUCUGGGCUCUGGAUCUGGAUGACUUUAAUGGACAGUUCUGUGGACAGGGAAACUACCCCCUCAUCAGUUACCUCCGCUCUCUUGUAGCCCAGGAUCUUCCUCCUCUUCCCACUGGAGCGAUCACCCCAAAUCAAGUGACGCCGUCUACAAACAAACGUCCACCUAACACAACACCUGCUCCAAGACCAACAAUCCCUUCUUCAUCCACAUUCCAAGACAAUUUCUGUGCUACAAAGAUUGGUGGGCUUUAUGCCAAACCUGAUGCCCGAGGUUCCUAUUAUAGCUGUGCCAAUGGCAUCACCUGGAUCCUAAACUGCCCAGCUAAUUUGGUCUAUGACGAAAGCUGCAAGUGCUGUAACUGGCCCUAACCAUUCAACAAGUUAUAUAUAUAUGUUCAAAAGUGAGCAAAAACAUAUUCUUCACAAGUAUGAAUAAUUUGUUUAGAUAAUUUGACAAUUAAAUUAAAUUAAUUAUUUUUUUUACAGAAGUAUAACUUAGGCAUAAUAACCAUCCUGUAACUGCAUGCAACAUUAUUUUCACAACACAAAUCAUAUUCCCAAAACUUAUACUUGUGGUAUGAGGAAGCAUCACAACUUGUAUGUUUAUCUAGGUUAAUACUGACGUAUUUUACUGCCUACUGGCACUGAUAGACACCAAAGAAUAUCAAAUUGACCUACUUUCGGAAGACGUAAAAAGUGAGUGCUGAAACACGUGUCUAAAUUGAAAUGCAUUUUUUGGUGUGCAACCUCAUUCAGUGCUUACAAUUGAUCUGUGUUUUGAGUUCAAGAUAAUUAUAAAACAAAAUGAUUGCAUUUAUAAAAUUAACACGCAACGCUCUCCAGAAACACUGUCCCAAUUAUUUUAGAUAAUUCACACAACACACACUGUUGCUGUUGUAUUUCUAAAAUGUAAAACAAAAUUCAAUUCACCUCCAAUGUAUUGGGGAGCUGCAAAUGCUGUAAUGCUAGGGACCAGCAGACAUAGGUGAAAAAACAUUGGGAUUUUCUUAUUUUACUUUUUACUUUAUUUGGGUGAAUUGACCUGUUUGUCUUUGUUUUUAACGUUAUACUAAAUAAUCUGCCACUUUGAAGGUGACUGUUUGAUCAUUGCCAGCUUUGGUAAGUUUAUAACAUGUAUGAAUGAUAAUAAAUUAAAGAAUAUUUUUGGGACAGAACAAAA